GUGCAUUAUAGUUGUACAUAAUGGUGGGAUUUGUUGUUACACAUUUAUACAUGCAUACACCAUUGGGGCCUUUGGAACAUUCUGAAACUCAACCAGACAACAAGACUAGUUGAUCGAAUUCAAAGAGUUAUUAUUUUUACUAAAGCAUAAAGCAAAUAUUUUCCUAAGAAUAACCUAGCUAACAAAGUCUCUGUAUUUCCCAAUACAGUUUAACUGAACAUACAGUCCCCAGAUUUAUUUCAGGUCUCUGCUGAUAAGUCAAUUUGGAAAGUCACAUCUGGGCCCAUCCUGAAGCCCAGGUGCCAGGGCUGCCCCUCAUGUCUGUCGUGACCUUUCCCCAUCCUUAUCACAGGAUAUGACGCAUCUUCUCUCUCCAAAGAUUCUGGUCACCACGCUGCCAAGCCUGACCCUGGCACUGGCAUUUGCUGUUGAUUUCAGAUGUGGAGAUUGGCUAUUAACUCUGUAAAUAGAGCUCUGACCCCUUGAGACCAGUGGUUAGCAGUGGAAGGCUGAGCCACUGACACAGGAUUGGAAUCAAAGGCUGGUUUCCAGGAUCGCAGGCUAGCUAUGUCCAAUUCACAAAUGGUCUUGGGUUAAGCACAGGAUGAAAAGGGGUUUGAACCUUGGGAGACAAAAUUAUCCCCAGUUGAUAGCUUAAAGGAGACUUCAGGUCCCCAAACAUGGGCAUGUUUAAGUGGGCAACAAGCAGGGGUAGGUAAUACCCCAGCAAAAAACCCACCUACAACUGGAGUGACCCAACCCUGGUGCCAGGUGUAUGAAUGUGAACACUUCCAUUCAGACCAUUUUAUAGGUGAGUAACAAGCUCUCUGGGAGAGUGGUCACGCCUCCCCCAGAUCUCCAGUUAGGUUGCUGAGCACCCCACUCUAUUCACCUCUUUUCCACUGGGCAGAGCCCUGAGCUGGGUCAGGGAAUCCCAAUGCAUUGCCCCUCUCUAGGCCACAGUUUUCUUUUGGGGUCAGGAAGGGCUAUAUACAGCUCCAGGGCAAGAGUUUGAUACACCCUAGGAAGUGGAAAGGUGCGACCAGGACAUGGACCAGCUACAGCAGAAAUCCUGUGACUUCUGUAAACCAAGAAAUCAUAAAGAAGGUUAAAAUAAAAGCAAAGCCAGUCUUAUCCAAGUGCAAAAUAGAUUUGCAAAUUGGGAAACAGGUUAGGUGUCUCUGAAAGGGACCAUGCAGCUUUGGGAGAGAAAUAGGAUCGAGUGAAGUCCAGUGCAAAUUGGGGUGGUGGUGAAUUUUCUAAGUCCAUUGAAAUAUCCAGGUCAGGAGAUAAAACUGGUCAUUGUGGUGUUUUUCAAACCUUACAAGGUAUUUAAUAAUAGAAAUUUGUGCCCUUUGUCAAGUUGGUUUCCCAACAUGAAACCUUGUGGCAAUUUACCACUGUCAGUAAAACUUCAAGACUUGGAAAAGGAUCUUUGCUCUCCUUUUGACCACUCUGCAGCCAUUUUGAUUUUUAUGUUUGACUUAAGCCCCCUGGGAAGAUGAGGGAGCAGAGGGAGCAUUGGUCUGGUGGCCUUAGAGCCAGCAGGAAGGGGGUUGAGUGGCAAGCACUUCUCCACCCCACCUCCUUUUCAAGACGUCACUGGAAUCCAUGGGCCAGGAGCAAGAGAAGCCACCUCCUGGUCAAUAAAUACCGGGGCUGUCUGACUAGGGUCUGCAGCUGCCUGAAGGAGCAACCUCCACAGCUCUCCCUUGGUGAGUGAGAAUGCCGCCCUAGCUGGAGCUCUCUUUGGGUGCAUGGCACAAUGUCCCUCUUUCCUAUUCCCAAGCCCUUCCACCCCUUUUCCUUUUCCCCCCAAUUCUAUUAAUCUCUUCCUGAGCUUGUCACUCCUGGCAUGAGAGGGACAGGGGUGGAAACAUUUACUCCAGUCACCACACAUCCAUUCCAUAUCCCCAACUACCAAAGAAGAGAGAUAACAGGCCACAGAGAAAAGGAGCAGAAACUCAGGUGCUCCAAAUACCCUACUCUGCCACUUGACUUAUGGAGAAUUCCCCUGACCAUCCAACCAUCUUCCCAUCUAUUGGCCUGAAGUCUAUUCCCCUCUUAAUCUUCCACUUCUAGAACUUCCCAAAGGAAGGAGGGAUGGGCCUGGCUAACUAAGAGGGCCCUCAGAACUGGGGAGGGAGCCUGUGCUCCAGAGCUCUGGGGGAGGACUGGCGCAGAGGGAAAGGCUUUGGAAAAUAAUAAGCUGCCCUGAGAUGCAGUGUCAGACUUUUGAGUGCUCUCCACUGUCGUACAGAGCAGUGCUGCCAUGGCUAGCUCUAGAUUAGGCCUUCUGCUGCUGCUCCUACUGCUGCUGACUGUCCACCCUGGACCCUCGAGGGCUCAGCACUGGUCCUAUGGCUGGUACCCCGGAGGAAAACGAGCCUCCAGCUCACUCCAGGACCUCCCAAGUGCUCUUAGGUCCUCAGCUGGCAACCCAACCCAUGCUGCCGAUAGCCUACCAAAUGAUGCACUGGCUCCCCCUGAGGAUACAAUGUCUUGGAAGGGCAGGACCAUGGCCCGCUUGUCCCUCCACAGGAACCAGCACCUGGUGUAGACCCUAAUGAACGCAGCCCGAGCGCCCCGUCCAGCCAUCCUUCAAUAA